AUGGAAGAAAUUGAGAUAGUGGUUCCAGAUCUUACAAAUAAACAUCGGGAUCCUAACAAUGGAAACAAGUUUUAUAAAUAUGUAGUUUAUAAUCACACGUCUUGUCAAUGUGGUAAAUUAGAGAACAGGGACAGGACACUGUUUAAAAACAAAACUACUAAUAACGAAGGUUAGUCCAGCUUACCGUGCGUAGACACCAACCCAUCAUAGGCGUAGCGGGCGGGGGGGCGGGGGGGGCGGCAGCCCCCCCAGUUUUUUGGGCAGUCGGGCAAUAUUCGAUCAACAGUCGGGCAAUUUCGGUUUGCAAUAAAAAAAAAUGGGACAAAUUUUGUCAAUUUUGUCUAAAAUUAUGUCAAUUUUUUGGCAAAUUUUGUGAUUUUUCGAAAGUUUGUGGUAUGUUCCGAAAAAUUUUGGUUGUCCGAAAAUUUUUUUUGACCCCUUAAAUGGUACACUGACCGAAAUUUUUUUGGCGACGGGGGGGGGGGGGGGGGGUCGCCAAAAAAAAUUUUUCGGAAAAAAUUUUUUGGUACUAGUCGGGCAGAAUCCCAAAAAGUCGGGCAAUUUUCUUUCCGCCCCCCUAAUUUUUUCCUUCCGGUACGCCCAUGCAACCCAUAGAAUGGACAUAUUUGGGUUUAACCUUUAUUCGUUCUUUAGAAAAUUUUUUCUGUAGUUUUAUUGUUAUAGUGAACCUAUCAUGAAAUCUGUUCAUAUGGGAUGAUGCAUGAUACUAUAAUUAGCGGAACACGGGAGCUUUCCCCUCAUCAUUGAGUUAAACCUGCUAUACUGAAUGCAAGGUUAGGGUAUUGUUACUUGAUGGGAAACCAAAGUGGUUGAAAACCCAUGUAAAACCCGUUUCCACUAGGGGAAUUUGUUCGAGCGUUUCCAUUGUCGGCAUCGCUUUUAUGCUCGCGUGGUAAGAGAUGCUGACAAAGGACCAAAUUCGCCUAGUGGAAAAUGGGCUUUAAGUAGGUUGUGCUUGGUUCUUUCCUGUACUUUGAUGGAUUUUUCCGGGAUGUCUGCGCCGGGUUUUCCUCUCUCACAAAAACAUAACCAUUUCACCUUUAUACCUGUGCACCACGGCGGCAACUCGAGACGCAUUUGUAAUUCAGGUGGAAUGUGAAUUUCUCUUACAGUGUCAGAAGCAUAUUUCAAUACGAGCUAUUCGAACAAUCCGGUCAAUCUGCUAUAUUUUAACAGUCCUCAACCAAGACAUAAACUCCAUACAGAGCAUAUCUCCACUAUCCCACCAUUUAAAUAUCUGGCGUACCAACAGUGCUUGCCUGGCUACGUAGUGUUAGAGGAGGACAUGUCUAAUAAGAAAAUUACCACGGUAUUUGGUAGAGAGGUUAUUGCCUCGCUUACAAAUGAUAUUCUAUGCAAAGCUUAUGAUGGAAGAAACGCUACUCAACAAUGCUCAAAAGUCGGAAAUCGAUCACCUGCAUCCUCUGAAGAUCCUGCAGUUGGAAACUCGCUUGAUCAAGGUAAGAAAUCAAGGGUCUGA